AUGAAGCCACUGUCAUCAAAUUAUAUUGAUAAUCAACGUUAUUUUGACCAUUCAAUCGUCGCUAUUUAUACAAAAAAUGUUAAAGAAACAGAAAUUUUAUUUGAUAAUAUCGAAGCUAUUGAUGGAAUUUGGAGUAUAAUCAAGAUACCAAAUUUAAUGCGACGAGCGCCCGAUAUUGAAAAUUGCAGACUAGUUGCCACUGGAAGGCCAGUAGAAUUAUCAUUCGACGGUUUUACUAGUGAACGUUUUCGAUUUUUGAGUGAGGCCACUCGAUAG